AUGGUUGGUCUGCCAGCCCGAGGCAAAAGUCUCAUCGCUGGAAAAGCCAUGAGAUAUCUUGCGUGGGUUGGUAUCCCUGCUCGUGUCUUCAACGUGGGCAGCUACCGUCGCAACAACACGCCGCAGCCAACCGCCACCUUCUUCGAUCCCCACAACAGUGAGGGAGAGAAGAUGCGGCGAGCCGCCGCGGAGGCUGCCAUGUCCGAUAUGCUCCGGUGGUUUGCGUCGGGCAAAGGCGUCGUUGCCAUCCUCGAUGCGACCAAUUCCACGAGAGAGCGGCGUCGCUGGAUCUAUGAGAGCUGCGACGCGGCCAAUGUGGAGACGUUAUUCGUCGAGUCGAUAUGCGACGAGGAAGACCUAAUAAUGAACAACAUUCUCGAGGUCAAGACGACGUCGCCGGAUUACAAGGGGCAGGACCCUGAGGCUGCUGCGCUGGAUUUCCGCAAUCGAAUCCGCAACUACGAGAAGGUCUAUGAGACCAUCGACGACAACGAGAAACACUUUACCUACGUGAAGCUCAUCAAUGUCGGCUCCACGGUCAUCAUCAACCAGAUCAAGGACUAUCUAUCCAGUCGGCUAGUCUACUAUAUCCAGAACCUCCACAUCAAACCUCGCUCAAUCUGGCUGUCUCGCCACGGAGAGUCCGAGUACAAUCUGGUAGGCAAGAUUGGCGGCGAUGCCAGCAUCUCCGAACGGGGAGAGGCUUAUGCUCGAGCUCUUCCGGGGCUUCUGAAAAAGUCCGGAGUUCCCCCUAACACGAAAAUUGUCAUCUGGACAUCCACUCUCAGACGCACGAUUCAAACGGCGCGCCACCUCGCCGCCGAGACCGGCUACGAGAAGCUGGAGUGGAAAGCCCUCGACGAACUCGACUCGGGCGUCUGCGACGGACUCACGUACGAGGAUAUCGCGCAAAAAUACCCCGAGGAUUUCGCCGCGCGCGACGAGGACAAGUACAACUACCGCUACCGCGGGGGCGAGUCUUACCGCGACGUUGUCAUCCGGCUGGAACCGAUCAUCAUGGAGCUAGAGCGCAGUGAAAACGUGAUCAUUGUCACCCACCAGGCGGUCCUGCGUUGCAUCUACGCCUAUUUCCUCAACACCCCCCAGGAGCAGAGCCCGUGGAUGGAGGUUCCCCUUCAUACGUUGAUCAAGCUCACGCCUCGUGCCUACGGUACUGAUGAACAGCGGUUUAAAGCCGACAUUCCCGCCGUGUCGACCUGGCGCGCCAAGGGGACUUCGGCCAAGCAUCAGGAUUAUCCCACUACCGAACACGAAGUCACCAACGCCCCGCGCGAUAAAUCUCGCAUCGAGUCCCUCCUCGCGUACGGUGAUCGCCUCCUCGUCGGCUUGAAUAAUGGGAGUCUGCGCAUCUAUCGCGUUAAUGAGGUUGUCGAGGGUGAGGGGAGGGUUGUUGCGGAGGGGGAGGGGGAGAAUCAUAAUACCCGGGGUCGUGACGAGGGUCGCAAUGGAAACAUAAACACGGCCGCAGGGGGAGGAGGGGAGGCUGUGAAGAAUGGGGAGAGGCCUGGGACGGCUCCUCCGGCGGCGGCGUCCAAUGCGAAGGUCAAGCAGACGGAUUUGCUGCGCGAGUUGGAGAAGUUCUCCCGGUAUAAGGUCGAGCAGCUGGCGCUGAUUAAGGAGGCUAAGGUCCUGGUUUCGCUGUCGGGGGGAUAUGUGUCGAUUCAUGACUUGCAGAGCUACGAGCUGCAGGAGCAGCUGACCAAGACGAAAGGCGCCAGUACGUUUGCCGUCACCUCGAAUAUUUUCAAUGAUCCCGAGACGGGCGUGCCGUCGAUCGUGUCGCGGCUGGCGGUGGCUGUGAAGCGGAAGAUACUGCUGUGGACGUGGCGGGAUAUGGAGCUGGAUGGCGAGGCGGCGGAGAUGACGCUGGUCAGCGGCAUUAAGAGCCUGACGUGGGUGUCGGGGACGAAGGUCGUGGCGGGGCUCAGCUCGAGCUUUGUGAUGGUGGACAUUGAGAGUUCGUCCGUCACGGACUUGGUGGGACCCGGCAGCAUUGGGGGUCUAGGGGGGCAGGAGACAGGUCGUCUGGCGGGCGUUGGCGUGGCGAGUAUGAGCUAUAUUGGGAUUGGAGGAGCGGCGCCGAAGCCGUUGGCGACUCGGCUGAGUGAGGGUCAGGUGCUGCUGGCGAAGGAUAUCAAUACCCAGUUUAUCGACAUCGAUGGCAACUCUCUCGGACGCAGACAGGUGCCGUGGAGUCAUGCGCCCGCGAAUAUCGGAUACUCGUACCCCUUCCUGCUGGCGCUGCAUGACUCGUCCAAGGGCGUCUUGGAGGUCAGGAACCCCGAGACGUUGUCCCUUCUCCAGUCCAUUCCGCUGCCGUCGGCGACUCUCUUGCACAUCUCGCAGCCUACGAUCAGCUUGGCGCAUGCCGGGAAGGGGUUUCUGGUGGGGAGUGAUAGGACGAUUUGGAGGAUGGAGGCGCUCAGUUACGAUACCCAGAUCGACUCGCUGGUAGAGAAGGGGUAUCUCGACGAGGCCAUCAGUCUGGCCAACAUGUUGGAAGACGCGCUUCUCCGAAACAAGCAGGGUCGGCUCCGGGAGAUCAAGCUUGAAAAGGCCCAGGGUCUUUUCAGCGUGCAUAAAUACAGCGACUCGAUGGAAUUGUUCACCGAGAUUUCGGCGCCGCCUGAGACCGUGAUUCAGCUGUAUCCUCGGAUCAUUGCCGGGGACCUCAGUACCGUGAACGAGGAGCCGGAGGAGUCGGAGGAUGGCACAACGGAUAGUCAGUCGAAACCCGUUGACGGCCAGACACAGACGGACGGCGCCAUUUCAGAGGACUUGGCCGCUUCAAAGACCCUGAACCACACGCCCUCCAUGAGAUCCUUCCUGCGCACGAAAACGGACGACGGGAGCGACGCGGGGAGUAUCCGCGGCAAAUCCUCAGAGGAUCCUCGAGCCCACAAGUCGCCCCAGGAGAAGCAGCUCGAGUCCUCCGUGCGCGAGCUUCAGAGAUACCUUGCCGACGUCCGCAGGCGGUUCCAGCGGUUCCUGAACCCUGACGGCACCCUGAAAGUGGUCGAUCCGACGGCCGACGGAGCAACGGAUGAGUUCACCGACUCCGUGAUGAAGCUCCUUGAUCUUACUGGAGAUCACAAAGAUUACGAUUUCGGCGAGCAGCUACGCGAAAAGGCGAAGCUGGUCGAUACGACCCUUUUCCGGGCGUAUAUGUUUGUCAACCCCCGUCUCGCCGGCUCCCUCUUCCGCAUCGCCAACUUCUGCGACCCCGAAGUGGUGAUGGAGAAGUUGGAGGAAACCGGGCGCCACAACGACCUGAUUGACUUCCUCUACGGCAAGAAGAUGCAUCGCCAGGCCCUCGAGCUGCUGAAGAAGUUCGGCCAGGCCGAUUCAGAAGAAGAGACCGCACCGCAGCUCCACGGCCCCAAGAGAACCGUGGGCUAUCUGCAGAAUCUGACCCCGGACCGGAUUGAGCUCGUUCUGGAAUUCGCCGAGUGGCCUCUGCGACAAGAUCCCGAUCUAGGCAUGGAGGUGUUCCUGGCGGAUACCGAGAAUGCCGAAACGCUGCCCCGGCAUCAGGUUUUGGAUUUUCUGCAGCGAAUCGAUACCAACCUUGCUGUUCGAUACCUCGAGCAUGUCAUCGGGGAGUUGAAUGAUAUGACUCCCGAUCUACAUCAGAGGCUUCUUGUGUUGUACCUGGAGCGUUUGGAAAAGGAUAAGAUGCAGGAAUGGCCGUUUCCGAACGAAAACGACCGAGCGGACUGGCUGAGUAAAUUCUUGGAGAUGUUGAAAUCCAGCUCGCAGUAUUCCCCGGCCAAGAUCCUCGACCGUCUUGACCGCGAUGAUUCCGAGUUCUUUGAAGCACGAGCCAUUGUCUUCAGCAAGAUGGGCCAGCACCGACAGGCUUUGGAGAUCUACGUUUUCAAGUUGGAGGACUACGCGAAAGCAGAAGAGUACUGCAACCACCUGCAUAAGACGGAGGAAACGACCAGCACGGAGGCCACGCCUCCACGCGGAGCAGCUCUCCCCGACUCGGAGGUGAAACCGUCUAUCUAUCUCACAUUAUUAUCUCUAUACCUCUCGCCUCCGCACAGGUAUCAGCCGCAGUACGGGCCAGCGCUCGACGUGCUGGCCAAGCACGGAUCACGUCUGCCCCCCGGUUCGGCGUUGGAGCUCAUUCCCGAGACGCUCCCGGUCAAAGAUCUGGAGUUCUAUUUCCGGGGUCGCAUGCGCGCCGCCAAUUCGAUGCUCAGCGAGUCCCGGAUCGUGGCCAGCCUGCAAAAGUCCCAGAAUAUCAAGACGCAGGCGCAGCUGCUGGUUGGCGAGGGGACGGACGGUAAAUCGGCGCGGUCCAGGCACGUCACCAUCACGGAAGAAAGAAUCUGUGGGGUGUGUCAUAAACGAAUCGGAGGCAGCGUGAUCAACGUGUUUCCCGAGUAUGUUCUAUCCCGAUAUAUCUGUAUGAUCCGAGGGAACUGUUCAUUCGUCCUCCUCGACGACUUCUUCACCGUAGUUCUCCUCUUCCUGGGCUUCCUUGGCCGAGAUUUUCUGGCCCUGCGCCUCGGCCAGCUUCUUGUCCUCUUCCAUGCGCUCGGUCAGGAACACGUUAAUACCAUGGACUACGGUCCCCUCGUUCCCUCCUUCCCUUCAUCGAGAAUGCUACGCUCGCCCGUUUCCCCGGAGCGAGUCUCCAGAUCGCCCGCUCCUUCUCUUCCUCCUCCUCGUCAAUCCUUCGAUGACGAACUGAUUCGCCCGGGCUCCUCUGGCAGUGAUGCCUCAUCCAUUACCUCCAGCGUGACCACCGUCUCUGCCCAGCCUGCUGCUCCGACUCUGCAGUAUCCCCCCGGCGCCUCGUCUCCGCGGCCCCCUCGCACCUCGUCGAUCCCCAACAGCGCCAGCACCGCCAGCCUCGCUCGUCCCCCCGCCUCCUUCAUGCCGCAGAAUGAGCCCUCCAGCAGGAAGCCGUCGAGUCGGGCUCUCCCGCCCGAGCUGCAGCGGCAUCGCUCUCGUCAUCACUCGCAGGGCUUCUUCGAGCCCUCCCUGCCAACUGCCUCCAUCUCCGAAUCCACCCUGUCCGCCUCCAGGAUCGCCGCGCAGGCAGCCAUGUCGCAGCAACAGGUGGCUGCCGCUCAACAACCGCAGCAGCAGCAACAUCCCCCGAAACGUCCGCCGCAUAAUGGACAGCCGCAACAACAGCUGCAGCCGCAGUCGCAGCAUCACCAACCACAACAACCCCAACCGCCGUCGCAGCAGCAACAGCAACAGCAGCAACCGGGUGGGCACGCUCAUGUGGCGACGACCGCGGCCAAUCUAGUAUUCCCCAGGCAACCGAGCCUGCAACCCCCCGGGUUAGAGGCUGACAAGGAGCACAAGCAUAAGGGGGAGAAGGAGAAGUCCAAGAAGAAGCUAUUCUCGAAGCCGAAACACAUCGGGAUCAGCGGUCGAGACAAGGACGGGUUUAUGAAAGACCGAGGACUCCCGUCACCCAGCAAAAUGGGGCUGCCCAGCGCCAGCGGACUGUCCCGCAUCGUCAGUGCGUCGACGACCAGCCUCGCGGACACGUUCCCGUCGAACAACUCGUCCAUGUAUAACCUGUCGAACGCGUCGGCGAGCACGGUGGUGCCGGCGGAUAAAGCGACGGGCGGCGAGAAGGACAAGGACAAGGAGAAGGAGAAAGACAAGGACAAGCAUAAGCAUCACUUUCUGUCGCGCCAGAAGCUGAAGCUGAAGGACCGUGGCGAUGAUCAUCACAACUUGCCGCUCUCGUCCGCAUCGAGUAACUCGAAACCGUCGGAUCCGAACGCUCCCCAGUCGCUGUACUCGUUUACUCCGCUUUCUCCCAAUGCGGCGUCGACAACGUUUGGCAAGUCGGUCAGCGGACUAGAUCUGCUGCACGGGGGCCGCGCGCUGCGGGAGAAGAAGAAGGAAGAGAAGGCCAUGGCGGAGUCGGAGCAGCAGGAAUGGCUGGCGAACUCCACGGCCUCGGGCGUCACGCAGGCCACGUUUGCCGGUCCGUCCUCGCUGGGGAGUUCGACGACGGGGAUUCUUGCCGAGGCCGCUCUGCGCGAGACUCUGCAAGGGUUUGGAUUGAAUAACAUGUCUCCGGAAGACGCGUGGGAUUUCUUGAAGGCGAAGCUCUUGGUGAUAUUUGAUGGCGAGGACGUGCGCAUUGCCAUCGAGGACCUGAACAAGCUGGUGAUGAUCCAUAUCCAACGGUGCGUGCAGAAGCGUACGCCGAUGGCGAUCGUCGACGAUCUUCGGGAGUUGCUGGAAACGGGGUUCGCUUCUCUGAACCACACGCUGAAUGGCGUGCCGGACGAGAAGAUGGUGCCUCACCUGGUCCAGAUCUGGAUGCUGGGCCACGGCACCGUGAUGAAUCCGCGCGAGGCCAGUGAGUUCUGGGCCGGUGCCUUGCAUGGGGAGUAUCCCGGCUGCGAACUCGAGGUCCGCAACCUGGUUCUGAUCGCCUUCCGGGACAUGGUGGUUCUCUUCCGCUACGACGGGCUCAAGGCGACGUUCUCGCGUCUGAGUCUGGACAACAUCAACCUGGGCAACGCCGCGCUCAGCGUCACCACCAAGAGCAGCGCCAACAGCGGCCGGCCGGCCACGUCGGCCUCGCUGGACGCCGGCUUCGGCAGCUACAGCUCGCAGUCCUCGCACCUCAACGCCGCUGCCACUGCCGGCAGCUACUCGUCCGACUCGAUGAGCUGCAACCGCAGCCGCGCGGCCUCCAACACGUCGUCUAACCCGGACCAGCUCAUCUUCCAGUCCUUCUCCUCGCCGACCCAGCGGCCCACCAUCAUCCACCGCGGCGCCGACACGUCGCAGGUCAUCACCGAGACCGUCGGCCGCAUGCUCCAGUGCGUCAGCGUCCUCGGCAGCGUGCAGACGGGCGACCAUGCGCAGGAGCGAGUCGAGAUCCUCAGCAAAGCGCUCAAGCAUAACUGGCUCGGUCGCGGCCGCACGGGACGCGACCGGCGUGGUUUUGUGGGUGCGAAGAUCCGGCCUGCGAUGGUGCCGCGGUCUGAUAGUGACAUGUCCUCGCGGGGAACGGGGGAGUCUGAUCUGCGAGAUGGAAGAAGGGAGAUGAGUGUUUUAUAG